AUGCGUUGCCUUAGCCGAGCCUUCUGUUCAGCCCGCCGGCUGCUUCUGCACACGGUAGCCGGGAUUAUCACUAUGUGUGCUGGUGUGAGCUCGGUGGUUGUGCCUACGUCCGUUAUUAAGCUGCCAGCAGUGCAAGGUUCUGAGCCUGACAAGCGGAAUGAUGUGCUGCUUUGCCUGAGUCGGGAGCCUGUGCUGCGGCCGCAUCAUGUAGUGUACUUCCCUGGUGAUGUGCAGAAUUAUCGGGAUGUUAUGCUAAGUCAUGCUGAGAAUUUCAGAUGGAAUCACUGGAGCCUGGAAGACAUCGCUGGCAUACUAUCUCAUCGCUUCCCUAGCAGUUACAUUUGGAUUGUGAAGUCUUCCCGAAUGCACCUGCACAAGUUUAGCUGCUAUGAUAACUUUGUGGACAGCAAUAUGUUUGGAGCACCAAAUCAUACUACUGAGUUAGGUGCCUUCAAACAACUUCAUGCAUUACUAGUACAUGCUUUUACAAGGGCACAGCAUGUUUUGAUAGAAAGAACUAGCAAGUAUGGAAUCAAGAGAGACUACAAUCUGCCUGUGAGUGACAUGGGUGCUACUUACACUACAUAUGGCAGUCCCUCAGAGAAGGACAUCACAAAUCACUGUACAGAAAAUUCUGCAAAUCAUCAUGCUGAUAAUUCUACUACUAAUUUUGGUUUCCCAGCUGUUAAAGAUUCUGUAUCUAUUACUUUGAUUGGAUUCAGCAAAGGAUGCGUAGUAUUAAAUCAACUACUUCACGAACUCGAAGAUGCCAAAAAGCAUAAAGAUCUUCAUUAUUUUAUUUAUAACAUAAAGGACAUGUAUUGGCUGGACGGAGGGCAUUCUGGAGGGAUCGAUACUUGGGUCACAAGUCCAGAAAUUCUGAAAGUUUUUGCUGAAACUGGAAUUGUAGUUCACACUCAUGUAACACCAUACCAAAUUCGGGACCCAAUGCGUUCCUGGAUUGGAAAGGAACAUUCAAAAUUUGUUCAGAUGCUGAAAGAAAACAAUAUGUCGGUUGAAAGCCAAGUGCAUUUUUCAUAUGAAAUGCCAUCACUGGAAAAUCAUUUUAGAGUUCAUGAUGUAUUCUGAAAUUAACUUGCAGGAUAGAAAUUAAGAAUUCUAGUUAAAUGGAGUAAUCAUCGUAGCAGAUUCCUUUGGUUAAGGGUUUGGAUGUUUAAUGGAUGUUUACCAUAAACCCUUAUUAUACUAUGCAACAGAUAUUGAGUAAAUGUAUUAUUAGACUGCAAUAAAAAGAGAGAAUCUAUGCAUGCACCUACUGCAUGUGAUAUAAAAUUAUUACUGUAGUCUGACUGUUGGAAUUAUGGACAUAAACUACUAAUUAUCCUUACUAUAUUCAUCAAUGUUUUGAUCUAAGUGGAUAUGAUUUAUUUGAAGUAAUUUAGAGCUUUUUUUUUUUUUUUGCUUUUUUUUUUUUUUAGGAAAGAUGCAAAACCAUCUGCACUUUAUUGCAGCAUUCUGUUAAAGGGGCAUAAUACUUAUAUGCUAAAUCACCUCAAAGUGAUGCAGCAUAACUGUAAAAAGCUGACAAGAAAAUAUCACCUGAGCAUCUCUAUGUAAAAAGCAUCUCUAUGUAAAAAUGUCUUCAGCUUACCAGAGUAAGUGUUGUGUAAACAGUUAUAAUUCAGCUGCUGUCCAGCUGCAAGUUGAAAACAAUAAAUAAAAUAGCCAAUCAGCAUCA